AUGUCACUUUCAACAAUACGUGUUACAGUUGAUUAUAUUUAUGCUAAAGAUCUUGUGGCAGAUGCAGUAAAGAAAGGAGCUCUUCGCAAACGGGGCAAAGUCACAUCCUCAGGACAGCUCUGUGUCAGGGUUAUAGUUGUGUCUUUUUGCAUUCCAGAGUCUCAGGAGUGUCUAAUAGCAAAUCACAGUGAUGAGAAUGAGACACAAGUGAUGAUAAGACUGGCUACUCAUUACUUCUCAAAGCUGUCAGUGUCGAAAAGUUUUAUCAUGGAUAAGAAUGCAUCCGAUAAAGGAAGCAAAUGCUCUUGUUGGAAUUCAGAGAAUGACUUCUUGGAUUAUUUUGGUGACACGUCAAUUGGUAACAAGGAUGUUUGGCAUGGUACCUUAGAUGUCAUGUUAGAUAACUGUGACAUUGGAGUAGGUUUUACCUCUGAACCUGAAGAUAUAAGUCCUGGAGAACGAGCAGAAAUAAAAUGUAAUGACUUGGGGUCAGUUUCCACAAGAGACCAAGCUCUAGCUAAGACAAUAACUUUCUCUUUUUUGCAAAAGCAGAGGCACUCAUUGACGAUGGACCAUUAUUUAAUCCCUUGCAUUUUGGCAUCCAGCACAGAAGUUCAGUACUUUUUUUAUGAUUGUGAUAAUGAUAUCUUAUUGCAAAGUAGAAAAUAUCCGCUUUUUGUUUCUACUGGUGAAAAACUUGAGCUUAGCUACCAAACAAUUUUAAGUACUUGGCUUGUCUUGAAUUACAAGUACUUAUGCUCAGGACCAACAAAAUAUAUUCUUGAUGCUCCUAAAGCAGGAUUUCCAAAGUUUGCUGGUCCUGCUCUUAAAGUCUACAAAUCAAAUUUAAAAUUUCAAAAUGUUUGUGACAGUUUAAAUGGUAGGUCGGAUAAAGCUCUUUAUGACCCAACACCUGCAAUAUACGAAGGAAGGUUUGACUCGUGUCCAUUUAAAUGGCCAGAUGAACCAUUUGAAAUUUGACAUAGUGUGAAGAUUAUUAUAAUGAUUCAGAAAUGAUAGACAGUGUUCUAAGUUACAACACCAGAUAACUUGCUUGAUAUUAAUCCUUUUGAUUGAGGUAGGGAUCAGUGGGUCAAGGUCACCAGUGCUAAAAAUAGAAUUUUGCUCAUUUUGUCUUUAAAGCCUUUAUUUAUUUACAGAUGUACAAUAGAAACACCCUAAUCCGGCAGUGAUUUUUUUUGCAUAAUGGGUCCUGACUAUAAAUUUAAGAGUUCCAAGUUUAACUAAUGAAUCCCAAAAUAAAGAAAUUAAGAUGCAAUGGAGAGAAAAAAAGUAACAUGUAUGCCUUUGAUUUGUUUAUUUAAUAAUCAUUUCUUAAUAAACAAAUCAAAUGCAUACAAGUUACUUUUUUUCUCUCAAUUGCAUCUUGAUUUCUUUAUUUUAAGACUACCAGACUCUCCUAGUUCAUGAAGAAAUUCUAACAAUGACUUAGACCUAAAGCUAUGUCUUUAUUUACCAACCAGUGUAAUGCUUUAAAUAACUCCUUAACAGCAGCAUCAUACUGAAGAGUCAUGUUUAUGAUGUGCAGAAUUAAAUUUUUUUAUACACCCGUUUUUCAAGGGUCGUAGUAAAGUUUCUUCCUGGCAGGCGGGUGUUGUCCGAUUUUUGUCCGGAGCACAUCUCAGAUAAAAAUAUGAAAAUGUGUGUUGAGACCAUUUAGUCAUCAUUUAUUGAGGGAUUGAAUUACAAAUGGUAAUUAUCAUGACUACUGGUGUGAAAUAUGUAAUUUAGGUUAAUAUAUGCAAGGUCAAGGUCACUAAAGGUGAUAAAAUAUAGAGAUUUUGUCAAGAGCAUAUUUUCUGCACAUGUGAAGGGAUUCUAAUGAAACUUCCACUAUGAGAAGCUUAGUGGCGCUCAUGAACCAGGCCUCUGGGUCAAAGGUCAAGCUCACACUUGAAGGUCAUUGAAAAACGCUUGUCCGGAGCAAAACUUCUACAUGCACUGAGGGAUUUUAAUAUAACUUUGCACAAAUGUUAACUAUUGUGAGGGGGAGUGUUGCAUGCAAAAUUUAGCUCCCUGCGGUCAAGGUCACACAUUGGGGUUAAAGUUCAGAUAAAAAUAUGAAAAUGUGUAAUAGGACCAUUUAGUCAUCAUGUAUUUAGGGAUUGGAACACAAAUGGUCAUUAUCAUGACCACUGGUGUGAAACAUGUAAUUAAGGUAAAUAUGUGCAAGGUCAAAGUCACUAAAGAUGAUUGUCAAGGUCACUAAAGAUGAUAUAAUAUAGAGGUUUUGUCCAGAGCAUAUCUCCUACACAUAUGGAGGAAUUCUAAUGAAACUUCAUACAAAUGUUCACCACUAUGAGAAGCCGUGUAAUGCGCAUGAAGCAGGCCUCUAGGUCAAAGGUCAAGGUCCCACUUAGAGGUCAUUGAAAAAUGCUUGUCGCAAGCAAAACUUCUACAUGCAUAGAGGAUCAAUAUAGCUUGUCACAAAUGUUCACUUUUGUGAGGCGGAGUGUCGUUAGCAGAAUUUAGGUCAUUGCUGGGUCCAGGACAGAUAGACGCCUGAUAGUCUUGUUGUUGAGUGGCAUCUUCUGAGCUGCCACCACAUACCCGUGCAGGAUGUCGGAGUACAACUGACCCAGUGUUGGUAUUUCUAGUCCAUGCGUGCCUUGUUUAGCUCAGCAAAGGCACACUUUCCAACCGCUAGUUCUUUGUCCGACUUUUGGAGAUUCUUGUCAGUGACAUCCAAAUUGACCAAAGCUUUCAUUCUGUCAGGAAUGUGUUCUGGCUUUAUGAACAUAGCGAGAAACUGUGUCGUCAUAUCAACAAUACAGGCAUGGAGCGUGUGAAUGAGGGGGCUUUAGGACUGAAAGACCUUCACAAAGCCCUGGAACUCGCAUAGCAACCCUCUGCAUAAGUUCAGGACUACCAGCUGGAGCAGGAUGAUGGCAGCCUGGGCCUCAUCAGAAACAUUGUGGUCCUUGAAUACUGUGCUGAUUAAGUCCCUGAAAUAUUGAUAUUACACAUAUGCAAAAAUAUAAUACAAAUAACUCUAAAGUAAGAAGUCUGACAAUUUAAUGAAUUUAUCAUUUACUGAUUUACAAAUUUUGAAUUACAAAUACAAGCAUUUUAAAUAACUGAAUCAUAUUGUUUAAAGUUUAUCAGUCAUUGCUAAUGGUUUAUAAAUUCCUUUCAUAUUAUUUAAAUUAACUAAGUUGCUUAUUUUGUGAAAAGUUAUAUAAAUAAUAAUAUUAAAAUCACAACACUUGUGACUAAUAUCGGC